AUGAUCCUCGGCCGUAUCAAGGCCUGCCAGAUGGCGGCGAGGGUGGAGGCGACGCUCUACAAGGAGAAGGAGUUGGGCAUCAUGCGGGAAAUCUCGGUGGUCCGCUCGGAGGUGCGGGUCAUGGUCCGCACCAAGAAUCAGAGGGACAUCAAUGAUUGCGCCGACCGUCGACGUGGCACCAUCGGCGACACGUACACCGCCGAACAGUUCCGCCAUAUCAUGACGAGGGUGCUGCCGGCUUGGGCGGCGUCGGCAUGGUGCCCGCGGUUUACCACUCCUUCGCAGACGCUGUGGAGGUUUCUUCUCGUCAAGGUGCUCACGCUGCUCUCCCACCACAGCCUCAUGCGCGGUGCAAGCAUCCACGAGAUAACGCUCCCCGACAUCUUCUUGUACCGACUGGCGAGCACCUCCUUGGUGAACCCGGAAAACCAGCCGGUCGUCAUGGUCGUAGCCGCUCGGAACUCGAAGACGUCGAAGGAUGCGCGUCUUCACCAGAGCUACGCGGCGCGGCACCUCGAGGCGGAGUUGUGUGCCGUCGGCGAGACCGGCCUGUGGUUACAAUUUAUCAUCGACCAGAUCGGCCAGUUUCACGACGUCGACCUCAUUCCGCCGGUUGACACCAGCACACGCGAGCGCUGGUACAAGAAGCACCUUUUCUUCGCCCGCAACGACCCCGAGCAGCACGAACUCCCAGCUCCCAGCCACCAGCAAUGGACGAGGCAGAUGUGGAAGACUAAUGGGGUGUUCUGCAAGCGGAACGUCCAUGCCGCUCGGGCUGGCGAGGCGCAGGAGCUGGCCAUCGGCGGUACGUCUCGCGCCGAGAUAGCCGAGCUAGGUCACUGGGCUAUCGACAAGAUGACUCGAGCCUACAUCACAGCCAUUCCCGUCGGCGUGGUGAUGAAGAAGGCCGGCUAUUCUGGUUUCACGCAGGACUACUUCUUGGGUCGCAGCAGGGUGGAACCCACGCCCGAACUCCUGGAUCUCAUCGCCGAGCACAUAUUCCCCGGCGUGGACGACCUCCUUAAGAAGGAGAUAUCGCUCCGCCAUGACGCCCAGUACGCGGUCGUCUCCCUCACAGAGACGCUUAAGCUCGAGAGGGAGCGGUCAGCGGUCGAGAAGAUCGACCUCGAGGAGAAGAUCGACAUGCGCGACGCAACCAUCGCGUCGCUGACGGCCGAGAUAACCCGCCUCACCGAGGCUCUCCGCGUUUCAGAAGCCCGUAGGAUGCCGGAGGCGCCGCCAGCUGCGAACGAGCAGUCGCCGAGCGACGGUGGCUCCGCGGACUCGGCAAGCAAGGGUGACGGAGCCAAGAAACCCCCUAAACCCCCACAGACGGUCGAGGAGGCUAGCUACGAGCUCAACGUGGUGCAGCCUUUGCGGAAUGCAACGACCGUGAGGGACGCGUGGCGCCUCUGGACCUCGUGCACCAGCGCCGACACCCGUCGUCUGUGCGACAGGUUCACCGAGCCGUGUUUCGUCGACCGCCACACCCUCCUUGACGGUGUCUCGCAGGGAGCACUCGAGAAGAGGGUGCGCCGCAUGAUGAAGGUCAUCGAUGCGGUGCGCCAUCUUCGCCUGAGCGACGGCGAAGCCGACACGGAGGAGGUGGUCGACGCGCUUAACAAGAUAGCGGCGCCUGGCAUUGGGACCUUCUCGGAUGCCCUAACGGUGCUCAACGCCGACACAGUCGCGACCUUUGCCGGUCCGGGUAAGGGCGUCAAGGGGCUCGGCAAGGGUCAGGUUUCCAAGCUUCGUGUAGCCUGUGCGUUCGUGGCGCGCGGGUUCAAGCCGGAAAAGUGGGUCGCCGACCUGUUCCCUGACACCUGGGAGGAGCAGAUGAAGGUGACGUUGGCCGACAUGGCCCGCGAGAACGACGCCGGGCAGCUGCCUCCGACCAAGCAGUCGGCCAAGCGCAAGAAGACCGCGUAA